AAAAAGCCCAGACUCAGGCUGGGCUUCUGCCAUGAUGUCAGAGGGAAAGGAACCCACAGCUUGCUAAUUUCACCUCCCAAUCAGCCAUAGGAAGAAGGAGAUCACCGGGAACAGUUGUUUCCCCCUGUGGUCAUGACGGCUUCGCACAGUGACUCUUUGGUGGUGUUGUUUGGGGCAACAGCUGGUGCAUAUGGGGCUAAACUGGGUUCGGAUGAGAGGGAACUAAUUCUCUUGGUGUGGCAAGUUGUGGAUCUACACAGCAAGAAGGUAGGGACACUACACAAAUCCCUGGUGAAAGCAGACAACUUGGACUUAAGUGAGCAGUGUCGCGAAGUGAGUGGCUUGACACCAGAGGGACUGGGCAAAGCUGAACCACUGGAUCGGGUUCUUCAACAGUUUAGUCAGCUGGUAUCCAGUGAUUUGAAAGUACUUGGAAGGAGCUCUUACACACUCUGCAGUGAUGGGCAGUUACUCAUUCGACAAGUCCUCCACCCAGAGGCAUCUAAGAAGAACUUUCUGCUGUCGGACUGUUUCUAUUCCUUUUAUGAUCUGCGCAAAGAAUUUCACACUUGUUACCCUAGUUCAGCCUCCGUGAAAGAUCAGACUAUCAAGACCAUGGCAGAAUAUCUAGGCUUAGCUACAGAUGAAACAGAGGAGGACUUUGGUGUGUGGCAAGUGAAAACCAUGGUGGCUAUCAUUUUCAGCAUGCUCUCUGAAGGUUGUAAUCACGUAUUUACUGAGCCUGAAACUGUGAAAUACAAGUAUGAAACAGGUCCUUGUAGCAAAUCUGAAACAGUAGACAGUGAGACAGUAAUACGUGCCAGAGGUUUGCCAUGGCAGUCUUCAGACCAAGAUAUUGCUCGUUUUUUCAAAGGACUCAACAUUGCCAAAGGUGGUGUGGCUCUCUGUCUAAAUGCUCAAGGAAGAAGAAACGGGGAGGCAUUGGUUCGGUUUGUCAACUCUGAACAGAGGGACCUUGCACUGGAAAGGCAUAAGCAUCACAUGGGUAGCAGAUACAUUGAGGUUUACAAAGCAACUGGGGAAGAAUUUUUAAAAAUUGCAGGAGGCACUUCCAAUGAAGUGGCCCAGUUCCUAUCUAAGGAGAAUCAAGUUAUCAUCCGGAUGAGAGGCCUUCCAUUCACUGCUACUCAGGAGGAUGUCUUGGGGUUCCUGGGGCCAGAGUGCCCAGUAACAGGAGGGAAAGAGGGACUUCUCUUUGUCAAGUACCCAGAUGGCAGGCCCACAGGAGAUGCAUUUGUGUUAUUUUCCUGUGAAGAAUAUGCACAGAAUGCACUUAAAAAGCACAAAGAAAUACUUGGGAAACGUUACAUUGAACUCUUCAGGAGCACAGCAGCAGAAGUCCAACAGGUGCUUAAUAGAUAUAUGUCCACACCUCUCAUUUCCACUCUUCCAACUCCCAUCAUUCCUGUCAUACCCCCACCAUACACCAUUGCCACGGGUAGCAUACGUGACUGUGUCCGACUCCGAGGCCUUCCUUACACCGCAGGCAUUGAUGACAUCCUGGAAUUCAUGGGAGACACCACAGCUGAUAUCAAGCCCCAUGGAGUUCACAUGGUCCUUAAUCAACAGGGACGACCAUCAGGUGAUGCUUUUAUCCAAAUGAAAUCUGCCGAUAAAGCCUUUAUGGUGGCUCAAAAAUGUCACAAAAAAAUGAUGAAGGACCGUUAUGUGGAAGUAUUCCAGUGUUCAGGAGAGGAGAUGAACUUUGUUUUAAUGGGUGGCACUUUAAAUCGUAGUGGCUUAUCCCCACCGCCAUGUAAGUUACCAUGUCUAUCUCCACCAGCUUAUGCUGCUUUCCAAACAGCAGCUGUGAUCCCAGCAGAGGCAGCGCUUUACCAGCCACAGGCCCUCUUGCCAACCACCAGGACUCCUCAGGCCUCCACAGCUGCUCCUCCAGCAGUUACCUACUACCCAGCUCAGGCUGCUCAACUUUAUAUGAAUUACACAGCUUACUAUCCCAGUCCUCCAGUAUCCCCUACCACAGUGGGGUACAUUGCAGCUGCUCCAGGAGCUGUAGCUGCUGCUGCCACUGCCACCCACACUCCGCUUCUGCCUCAGCCUGGAGCAUUAGUCCGUAUGCAGGGCUUGCCAUAUAACACAGGAAUGAAGGAGAUACUCAGUUUCUUCCAGGGGUACCAGCUCCAUGCAGAUUCCAUCCUUGUGUUUUACAACUUUAGUGGGCAGCCCAGUGGAGAGGCCUUGGUGACUUUUCCAAGCCUGGACCUAGCUAAGAAAGCAGUGGCUGAGAAAAACGGACAGCUCCUGGGAAACCACUGUGUAGAACUGUACCUGGUCUGACUAAACACUCUUUUGGGGCUGGGGAAAGAACGUUGCACUAGACACCGUGCCUUUUGCAAAAUAAGAAGUCUUCCCUUGCUGCCCAGGCAGCAGCAAAUGUGCCCUUUCAGCAUAAUGUGUUGGAAUGUAGAGUGGUACAUGUCUUGUGUUUUUUGAAAAAUGGUGUGUCCUAUGCCAAAGAUAAAGUGAAAGCAGAAAUGAUGCUGUUAAUGUACUGCAUUUCUAAUGUACUUGUUUAAAGCGAAGCAAACCUGCUCCUGGCAUCUAGUUGAUUUUGAAGACAAUCUAAUAGCACUUCAGCUAUCGUGGCCAUGGAGAAAGGAACCCGUUCAGUAGCAUUUGAAGUGGAAAGUGAAGCUGGAGUCAUUCAGAUUCUUCUGUGUUUAGUUUUUCAGCAUUUAGGCUUGACAAAGUACCUGGGUUUUUUUGUAGAGUUGAAAUGUCUAUAGAAAGGUCUUUUGGAAUGCAUAGCUUUCCUAGUUCAAAGCCUAGACCGUACUGAUAGAUU